AGAAAUGUUGAAAGGAGUUAUCGAGAUUGAUGAAACCUUUACGCCAGUUUUAGGAAUGGUAGAAAGAGGCGGAAAACUAAUUUGUCAAGUAGUACCCAACACCCAACAAGAAACUAUUGAACCAAUAAUCAAAACCAACAUUAAAGAAAGUGCUAGCGUUUACACUGAUGAAUGGUUUGCUUAUAAGGAUUUGAAUAAAUGGUUUAACCACCAAAUAGUAAUCCAUAGUGCUAAACAGUAUGUCAAUGGCAAGGUUUCUACUAAUUCUAUGGAAGGAGUUUGGUCACAAUUUAAAAAAGGAGUUAAUGGCACUUAUCACCAAGUAAGCAAAAAGCAUUUACAAAGUUAUGUAGACGAGUUUACAAUGCGAUUUAACACAAGGAAAUAUGAAGAACAAGAUAGAUUUGACUUGGUUCUUUCUUCGGCCAUUGAUAAACGAUUGACUUAUCAACAAUUAAUCACUUAA